AUGGCCGACGACGCCAAACCGGAUGCGACAACCGUUCAAGUGCUGCGGGACGUGGCCAACCGCCUGCGGAUCCAUUCUAUCAAGGCCACAUGUGCCUCCAACUCCGGUCACCCCACUUCGUGCUGCAGCGCAGCCGAGAUCAUAUCCGUUCUGUUUUUCCACACGAUGAAGUAUAAACAGACAGACCCAGCACACCCUGAUAACGACCGUUUCGUUCUCUCGAAGGGCCAUGCUGCUCCAAUCCUCUAUGCCGCUUGGGCGGAGGCGGGCGACAUCAGCGAAUCGGAGUUGCUGAACUUGAGGAAAAUUGACUGUGACUUGGAAGGACAUCCCACCCCUAGGCUGACGUUUGUUGAUGUGGCCACAGGCUCUCUUGGGCAAGGACUAGGUGCUGCAUGUGGCAUGGCUUAUACUGGCAAGUACUUCGACAAAGCCAGCUACCGGGUGUUUUGCCUUAUGGGAGAUGGUGAAUCCUCUGAAGGCUCUGUCUGGGAGGCUUUGGCCUUUGCUUCCCACUACAAUUUGGAUAAUAUUGUGGCAAUCUUUGACGUGAACCGCUUGGGACAAAGUGGUGCCUCACCACUGCAACACCGCACAGACAUCUAUCAGAAGCGCUUGGAAGCCUUUGGGUGGAAUACUUACUUAGUGGAUGGCCAUGAUGUGGAGGCCUUGUGCCAAGCAUUAUGGCAAGCAACUUUAGUGAAGAACAAGCCCACUGCUAUAGUUGCCAAGACCUUCAAGGGCCGGGGCAUUCCAAACAUUGAGGAUGAGGAAAAUUGGCAUGGAAAGCCAAUGCCACAAGAAACAGCUGAUGCAAUUAUCAAAUUAAUUAAGAGCCAGAUACAGACCAAUAGAAAUCUCAUACCGAAAGCCCCUGUUGAAGACUCACCGCAAAUCAGCAUCACGAAUAUAAAAAUGACCUCUCCACCUGCUUACGAAUUUGGUGAGAAGAUAGCUACUCGGAAAGCAUAUGGUUUAGCUUUGGCUAAACUGGGCCAUGCAAGUGAAAGAGUUAUUGUCCUGGAUGGUGAUACAAAGAGCUCUACCUUUUCUGAGAUAUUCAAGAAAGAACAUCCUGAGCGGUUCAUUGAGUGUUUUAUUGCUGAACAAAACAUGGUAAGUGUGGCACUGGGCUGUGCCACUCGUGGUCGUACCAUUGUUUUUGCUAGUACCUUCGCUGCCUUUUUGACCCGAGCGUUUGAUCAGAUCCGGAUGGGAGCCAUCUCUCAAACCAACAUAAACCUUACUGGUUCUCACUGUGGGGUAUCCAUUGGUGAAGAUGGACCCUCCCAGAUGGCCCUGGAGGAUCUAGCCAUGUUCCGAAGCAUUCCCAAUUGUACUGUUUUCUAUCCAAGUGAUGCAAUCUCAACAGAGCAUGCUGUUUAUCUGGCUGCCAAUACUAAGGGAAUGUGUUUCAUUCGGACCAGCCGGCCAGAAACUGCAGUUAUUUAUACACCACAAGAAAAGUUUGAGAUCGGACAGGCCAAGGUUGUCCGUCAUAGUGUCAAUGAUGAGGUCACAGUUAUCGGAGCUGGAGUUACUCUGCAUGAAGCCUUAGCAGCUGCUGAUGAUCUUUCUAAACAAGGUAUUUUUGUCCGUGUCAUUGACCCAUUUACCAUUAAACCCCUUGAUGCUGAGACCAUCAUCUCCAAUGCAAAAGACACAGGUGGCCGGGUUAUCACAGUCGAGGAUCACUACCGAGAGGGUGGCAUUGGAGAAGCUGUAUGUGCAGCUGUCUCUGGGGAGCCUGACAUCCUUGUUCAUCAGUUGGCAGUAUCAGGAGUGCCUCGAAGUGGGAAACCAAGUGAAUUGCUGGAUAUGUUUGAAAUUAGUGCCAGACACAUCAUAGCAGCCGUGAAAUGUACUUUAAUGAACAAAAAUAACUGA